CCCCGGUAGAAUCGAUGGCAUCAAAAAACACUAAAUGGUGGCAAUCGCCUGAUGAGGACGACCUAGACUACGGAUUUGAUUCUGACUUGGAUGCUAGAUUCAAAUCUGAGCGGAAUCCCCACCGCCCUCGCCCACCAACGAACGCAACGAACGAUACACGGACACGAGAACAAGAACAAGAUCAAGAAAAAGAGGAGCAGGACAAAGGCUUGCUAGGGAAUAUGGCUUCUUGGCUGCACCGUCAGGCUGGGUCUAGCAAUUCGCAGCUCACGACCACCGCUGUCUUGUCUGGUGCUGCAGUUGCGACUGCAAUUUUUGGUUACCAGGCUUACAAGAGGAAAGAGGCUGUUUAUGAUCUGAAGGCUUCUAUCCCAACUGCUGACGAGCAGCAUCCAUCCGGAAGACUUACGGAUUUUGGUGCCGCGGAAAAUAGCAUCCCACUGAGCAAGGAAGAUGAGCGCAGUGCUGCGCUGGCCCGGAGAGCGCAAAAGGGAGACUAUGAUGAUGAUCUGAUCCUCGAACAACUAGCCCGAAACCGGGUCUUCCUCACCGACGAUGGCCUCACCAAACUCCGAUCCUCAUUUAUUGUCGUUGUUGGCUGUGGUGGUGUUGGAUCCCAUGCCGCUGCCGCGCUCGCUCGCUCCGGUGUGGCGAAGAUCCGACUCAUCGAUUUCGACCAAGUCACCCUCUCCUCUCUGAACCGACACGCCCUCGCCACACUCGCUGAUGUGGGAACGCCCAAGGUGCACUGUAUUCGGCGACGACUGGAGCAGAUUGCUCCUUGGGUGAUGUUUGACUGCCGCAACGAGCUGUUUGGAAAGGACGCGGCCGAUAAUCUUCUCGGUCCGUGGACUUUGACGCACGAUGGCGAGGGUCGCCGACCCGAUUACGUGCUGGAUUGUAUCGAUAACAUUACUUCCAAGGUGGAUCUGCUGCAUUACUGUCACUCAAACUCGCUGCCUGUAAUUUCGUCUAUGGGCGCUGGCUGCAAGUCCGAUCCAACACGAGUGGUUGUGGGCGAUAUCUCGCAAAGUACAGAUGACCCGCUUUCCCGCAGUACCCGGCGCCGAUUAAAGGCAAAGGGCGUGACCACAGGUAUAGCUACAGUCUUUUCGACUGAGAAACCCGGGCCUGGCAAAGCAACUCUGCUUCCGCUUCCCGAGGAGGAAUUUGCUAAGGGCCAAGUGGGCGAGCUGGGAGUUCUUGCAGACUUCCGAGUUCGCAUUCUUCCAGUUCUGGGCACGAUGCCUGCUGUUUUUGGCUACACAGUGGCCAAUCAUGUCAUCUGCAGUGUGACAAACUACCCAUUGGAUUAUAGCAUAACAAACAAGGGUCGUGACAAGAUGUAUGAAUCUGCUCUGGGCAAGCUCCAGGCCUAUUCGGAGAGAUUGGUCAAGCAGAUUGCUGGGCAAGAUCCCAACAGUCUGCGCAUUCCCGUCAGCAGGGACGACAUUGCAUUCUUGAUGGAGGAGGUCUGGCGCGGAAAGAGUGCCAUCUCUGGUCUGCAAAAUCGUCUCGUAUUUGUCCCUUGGGAGACCCCUGCCAGAGGCUGGGGAAUUGAUCCCACUUGGCAACAAGACGGCCAAAAGCUUCUACCGCUUGAGCUGACAAACUUGGUGUGUAUGACCCUGGAAGAGUCUGCCUACCAUGAACGUGAGGUCCUCCAAGCCGGCAAGAAGGUCGAGGAGGUGUACGAUGAGUUGGUGUUGCAACGGUCAGAUUAUGAUCUCGACGAUCUCGACGAAACCGAUCACCUCUACCAAACCGGCCCCUCUUCCAAAAACUCACGCUUCUCCCGAGUCUCUCGGCCCCUAAUCGAUUCCGUUCGGAAUGCCUGGCAACCCCCGUCUAAUAACAACUCCGUUUCCCCCGAACAUGACAAGCACCCGCCGUGGCUACAGAUGGCCCUGUCCAUCGCGGCCGCCCCAAGAUUCCGCCGCUAUGUCGUCGUAUACAUGAUACUUUUCCUGCUGAGCUGGUUCAGCUGGACUAUGUUUCUCUACCCUCGCCUAGAGGAGCGCAGCGCCUUGCUCCAUUCGUUAAACCCCGCUUCUAAAGUGGAGGUUGGGGGGUGGUUCGGGUCCAACUCGUUACCGCGAUUUGAUGAUUUGAUUCAGAUUCGGACAUUAGAUUCGGAUCUGCUCCCUGAGGCUCGAUUAGAGGGUGUGGACGCUGCUUCGUGGAAGGAGAAACGGCUGAUCGUUGUAGGUGAUGUGCAUGGCUGCAAAGAGGAGUUGGUUGCACUUCUCGAUAAAGUUUCAUUUUCGAAAGCGAACGGCGAUCAUUUGAUCUUCGCUGGUGAUUUGAUCAACAAGGGACCCGAUAGCGGCGGUGUCGUGGAUUUGGCACGCGAGCACUCAGCCUCUUGCGUGCGGGGAAACCACGAGGAUCGGGUUCUUCUUCUCCGGCGUGAGGUUGUGUCCGCGAAUGCCAUGACAGAGGCUGAGGAAAAGCAGAGCCAGAUAUUUUCGGAGAAAGAGCUCAAGGAGCGCGCUCUGGCUCGUUUGUUAACCGACGAGCAAGCGCAAUGGCUGGAAACCUGUCCAGUCAUUCUGGACGUUGGUUAUGUCCAGGGUAUGGGCCAGGUUGCUGUCGUACAUGCCGGCCUUGUUCCGGGUGUAGACUUGGAAAAACAAGACCCAUCUACUGUGAUGACCAUGCGUACCAUUGAUUUGGAUACCCAUGUGCCGAGCGCAUCGCAUGAUGGGUUGAAUUGGGCCAAGCUGUUCGACAAGCACCAAUCUAUCCUAUCCAAGAGUAUCAAGCAUUCCAGUGGAGAGGAUCGCAACUCUCAACCAACAACUGUCAUAUACGGCCAUGAUGCCAAGAAAUCUCUCAACAUCCGCACUUACACCAAGGGCCUUGACACUGGAUGUGUAAAGGGCGGCAAGCUGACUGCAAUGGUCAUCUCGAAUGGUGGCAAGCAAAAGCUUGUUCAGGUCAAAUGCCACACCAACUACUCGAAAGAGGAAUGA